UGUGUUUGAUCGGUCGGCCAGCUCGAACGCAGUUUUCUUGUGUCGGUCCCGGUUGACGUUGAGUUCUCGCUUUUUUUCCGACAAACAUCCGACGGAGGCGAAAGCCAGUAUACCCAGGAUGAAACGAGUUUUCCAAGGGAAUGAGCAGGAGGACGGAGGAGGGACCAGCAGUGGGUCUCAAGGGACUCUUAAACGGCCCUGCAAGCAGAGGAGGGAGAAAGAUACCGAGGAGGAGAGCGCCCGCUGGGAGUGUCUGCCGCAGGAGAUCCUGCUCCACAUCUUCCAGUACCUGCCUCUACUAGAUAGAGCUUAUGCCUCUCAGGUGUGUCGAAGCUGGAACCAGGCCUUUCACAUGCCAGAGCUGUGGCGGUGCUUUGAGUUUGAGUUAAACCAGCCAGCCAGCUCCUACCUGAAGGCCACGCACCCAGACCUCAUCAAACAGAUAAUCAAACGGCACGCCAACCACCUGCAGUAUGUCAGCUUCAAGGUGGACAGCAGCAGAGAGUCUGCAGAGGCAGCAUGCGACAUUCUCUCUCAGCUCGUGAAUUGUUCUUUGAAAACGUUGGGGCUCAUCUCCACAGCCAGACCCAGUUUCAUGGAGCUGCCCAAAUCUCACUUCAUCUCAGCGCUUACAGUGGUUUUUGUCAACUCCAAAUCCCUCUCCUCCCUAAAGAUUGAUGACACACCUGUGGAUGACCCCUCCCUCAAAGUCCUGGUGGCCAAUAAUAGUGACACACUCAAACUGCUGAAAAUGAGCAGUUGCCCUCAUGUUUCACCUGCAGGCAUCCUGUGUGUGGCUGAUCAGUGCCACGGCCUGAGAGAACUGGCUCUCAACUACCAUUUGUUGAGUGAUGAACUUCUCAUAGCCCUGUCCUCGGAGAAGCACGUUCACCUCGAGCACCUUCGCAUCGACGUGGUUAGUGAGAAUCCUGGCCAACAGUUCCACACCAUCAAGAAGAGCAGCUGGGACGCCAUGAUGCGCCACUCUCCCAAAUUUAACCUGGUCAUGUACUUCUUUCUCUAUGAGGACGAGUUUGGUCCUUUCUUCCGUGAUGAAAUCCCUGUCACGCACCUGUACUUCGGCCGCUCCGUCAGUAAAGACGUGCUGGGCCGUGUUGGGCUCAACUGCCCUCGUCUGGUCGAGCUUGUGGUGUGCGCCAAUGGGCUGCGGCCCCUGGAUGAGGAGCUGAUCCGCAUCGCCCAACGCUGCACCCAGCUGUCGGCCAUCGGCUUGGGAGAGUGUGAAGUGUCCUGCAGCGCCUUCGUGGAGUUUGUCAAGAUGUGUGGAGACAGACUGACACAGCUAUCCAUCAUGGAGGAAGUAUUGGUCCCAGACCACCACUAUGGUCUGGAUGAUAUCCACUGGGAGGUGUCAAAGCAUUUGGGCCGCGUCUGGUUCCCAGACAUGAUGCCUACCUGGUAGAGCUCUGGAGGAAGGUCUAGGUUUGCAUGAGUUUGGGUGUGUGUGUGCGUGUGCAUGUGUGUGUGUGAUGUUUGAGUGUGUCCUCAUCCAUAUGUAGGGCUUUUCCUCCCCGAAUACAUGACAAAAUCACAUCUCUUUGAGGUCUGAUCUGAUAAAACACAUGUUCAUUGAUUUAAACUCUACCAUCCUGUUCCGUGUAUAAAAUUUUUAUAUUUAUAUGUAUAUUUAUAUCUCAAUUUGUCUUGUUGUCACACAUAACAUUUAGCACCCUGUUCUCUGAGCCAUUUUUAAUGGGCUGAAAAACCCUGCAGAUUGGUUAUGUGUUGCGUUGUAGGAGUAUUCAGGGGUGACACAUUGCACUAACGGGAAAGUCUUGGAAUUACUGGGAAAGAAUGGGGAAGAAUGUCGAAGUUAUUUCAUCUACACAGGUAUGAGCAGACAGAUUCAUAAACAGUUUUACCAUAUAAUGUGCAGGCAUGAGUACAAAUGCCUCUAAUAGAAAUCAGAAACUUUACAGUGAUUAGUUUAAUUUCAGUUAAAUAACUGGACAUACAGAUAUAUUCGACAGAUUGUCAUCAUCACAGUGAACUGCAAAAUGUCUUUCAGGUCAGACACGGUGGUGAGUUAGAAAACAGUCUUGACAUGGAAUGGAAAAAUGCACAGUACAUUAAAUCGGGAUAGUCACCAUUAUAAGCUCAUAUAUCUGUGUUGAUACUCAGUUAAAAUCACCUAAAUUUCCAACCUUAACUGUCAUGGAAGGUUUUUUUAAUUUUCUCUUUUGCUUCUGACACUUUGCAACCCAAGUAACGACACACUGUGGCUGUACAAGAAUAAGAAACACGAAACAGUCACCAGACGUGUGAAGCUCCUUGUAGAGGCGGUCGAUUACAUGCCUACGCUCAGGUAGGCAAUAGCACAUAAAAGAUUCCAUGUUAAAACCAUAUGUUUUUGUUCUCGUUCGUCUAUCGACAUAUUUAUUAAUUCUUUGAAUGUGUUUCUGAGUCACUGCAUCUCAUUUGGAAAAAAAGAGCUGUCUCUGUCUCCGUCCUCUGAUGUGACAUGGGCGGGGCUACAGACAGUGGUGUCUCUCUUUUUCUAAGAACAGCUACUUGUGAAGGUGGUGCUCUUAAGUGACUUUGGCCACAAUCAUGUUAGUCUGUAUAUGCUGUACAUAUAUAUAUAAUAUGUAUAUAUAUAUUAUAUGUAUAUGUAUAUAUGUAUAUGUAUAUGUGUUCCUAUUGUAAAUAUCAAAGUGCUAAAUUGCAAAACAAAUGAGAGGGAGAAUUUUUGAUUGUUGACAUCAUACAUCUGUACAUUUACUUAAUCCUACUGAUGCACUUUUACUCCAAUGAAGGACACAAGAUGAGCUACAAUGUUAUUAGGGCAUGAAAUCAACUGAGUUUGCAGUCAAGUGGUGGUAAAUUUUGGCAGUGGUCAGGAACUCUCUCAGUGAGUCACCCUCGGUAGUUGACUUGCUUUUUAUGGAGUUAUUUUUUCUAUUUUUACAAACAGUGUAGGUUCUAAGAAAUUGAAUUGGCAGGUGGCAUUGUUUAAUCGUUGACCUAAAUUGACUCACAAAAAUCCUUCUGGAAAGCUUUCUUGGAAAGGGACAAACCAAAACUGCUUCACAGGACAAUCAUUCACCAUGCUCAUAGUCUGUACAGUCUCUAGUCUACCUAAGAAAGAUAUAUUCUGGUUUACCAUUUGUAAAACGUAUUUUAGUGGUAAAUGUACCAAAAUUUGCAAAAACAAAAGGGUUGCCCAGUGAGGAACUCUCAAAUUGAUCGACGGGUCUUAUGAUACAUGAACAAAAUCUUGAUUUAUUAAUGUUUACUGAUGCUGUUAAAAGUUGAACAUUAGCAAUGUUUGUGAACAGCAGAGAGGAGGCCUGUAUUUUCAGUUAUGAUCAGUUGACAAACACAUUAUAAAAAGUGUUUUUCUGUUUGUGAAUUAAGCUCAAAUGUAUAUGGUAACAUGAUUAAGGAUUGAGGAUUUUAAAUGCAAGCACAGGGCUGCACAGUUAUUAAUUGGUGCUGUACUUUUUGCAGCAAGUUUUUCAAGCUAUCAUUCUGAAACAGUUGGCUGGUUUACAAUGAGAACAUUUUUUACAACUUAAAUUGAUGGUGGCACUUUAUCUUUUGCCCUGUAUCAUAUUUAGCUGUUGCAUAAAGGCAUGAAGUGCCACAUCGUCCGGAAACUCCAGCACGUAUUUGGAUGUGGCAGCUGUUCCAGCGUAAUUGAUAAAAAUGCAAAAAUUAUGAUUUUAAUGAGGCAAUUGUGCAGCCCUGAAGAUGGGACAGUGUGGCAGCUGAAUGUUAAUGUAACUGAAUGUUUGGCAGGAUGUGUAAGAAUGAAAUAUUUAUGUCUCAUUAUUUUGUUGCAAUAGAGCGAAAGAAUAUUAGUUGGAACAUGUCUUUAGGUGGACUAGGGGUGUUGCCUGUGGACUUACUGAAAGAUGUCAACCCUUGGACCGUGCAAUGAAAGAGACCUGUAAAUCAUCAUGUUCAGUUAAAUGGAAAAUUGUUUUAUGGGGUAAAUGUUUUGUGUGUUUUGUUUGAAAAUGUUAAUCAAAAGGAAAAAUUCCCUUCACAAUAAUAUUUCUUCAGUUGUUGCCCUUUGAUAGGUAGCCAUGAUCAUGUCUUAAUUUGAUGUUUUCUGUCUCUGAAGGUCAACAAGGCCUGGCAGUGGACUUUAUCCUUUACUGAAUUACAGUACAUUUUAUUGUGUAUUUAUGAAAACCUGCCAUCUGCUGGUUAAUAUUAACGACAUUUGUAUUCAGUGCGUAUAGAUGAUUAUUGUAAUAUUCAAGUAUAGGCCGAGUAAGGGUUGAAGUUUUUUAUAGAGUGUACAGUGACAGUGUGUUGUUUUUAUUUUAGCUAAACAAGGUUGCAUUGAACUGAGAUUUAUUGGAAGGUAGUCUCUUGUACUUUCCCCAAAGAUAUGUAAUAUUUAAGUGAAGUUAAUAGCCACAUUAAAAAUGCCUGUUUUGAGUGUGUAGUCCCUGUCUUAAUUAUAAAGACAACGCUCUUGCUUUAAUUAGCCUGUUGUAAUGUUAUUUUUAGCUUGUGUAC